AUGGACCAGACGACGUACAUCUUCCUCCUACAAGGUGUUGGCUUCAUUCUCGGAGUCGUGGCGGCACAUUUGGCGGAGAAGCGGCUCAAUAUCCGGUUAAUCAUGGCGAUGUCACUAAUAACCGGAAGUAUUGGAAGCGGUGCUCUCCCGUGGGUCAAAAGCUAUCCGUAUCUUGCAAGCAUGUUUUUCAUGCAAGGCCUAGCAAAAGGACUUGUUGACUAUGCUGCAUUGUCAAUUUGCAACAAGCUCUGGCCUAACCAUAGAGGACUGGCAUUUCAGUUUGUUACGCUUGGAGCCGGUAUCGGAGCUUUCUUCAUUCCGUUCAUUGCACGACCAUUCCUGGCAACAGAUACUGUGACGUCACAAAGCAACGUGAAAUGCAAGAAUCCCGUUUCCGUGGGCACCAAAUCUGCUAGAGAUCAUCGGAGCUUCUGUAUUUCACCGGGCCACAUUGAAUACCCGUAUGUAAUUAUCGCGAUUCUCUGUGUUCCUCCCGCAAUAGCAUUCUGUUAUUAUUUCGUGAAAAGGAAGCAAUUCCCCUUGUCGGAGAAUAACUACCAACAGGUUGAGGUGGGCCUUAUGACGUCAUCACGACUGCACGCUUUGAUGAUGACCAUCCUGUUUUUUUUACAUAUUCCAGUUAUGUCAAUGCCGCUAGCAUAUGGCGAUCUUCUGACGUCAUACGGUGUCCACGGCAGGUGGCAUCUCAGCAGACGACACAUGGCUACGAUGACGUCAGUAUUCUGGGGAGCAUUCCUUGUAGGAAGGGUUUCUAACCUUGCUCUGACGAAUUGCGCGGAACAAUUCUAUUUGUUGUGUAUUAAUUUUGGCGGACUCUUUAUGACGAGCAUUAUUCUCUGCACGUGGACCACAGACUACGAAGUCGCCCUCUGGAUAGGAUCCGCUGGUCUGGGUUUCUUCUCUUCACCCUUCCUACCUAUGAUCCUGACCUGGGUGUCGGAAUGUGCAUGUCUGACCGGAAGUAUGAUAUCUGUCUGCCUGUGCGCCUCAGGUAUUGGAGAGGUGUUGGUGCCCGUUCUGUCAGGGUGGGUGUUUGUCCACGGCGGGCCGCAGUCACUGAUGUACUUGAUUGCCGGGAUCGUCCUCUGUGAAAUCCUCCUCUUUGUGGCGCUGGUCCUGGUGGCUAGGGAGACUAAGAGAUGUAGAGACGUGAUCAUCAACGAAGAGCUGGUCGACGAUACGUGA